AUGGCUAAAGUAACAAGUUCGUCGUCUGGGUGGUUGAAAGGCCGAGUGAAGGCCGUUUUAUCCGGUGAUACAUUGGUGGUUAUGGGGAUUGCGAAAGCCGUCGACGAAAUCCCCCCGGAGAAAACUAUCGUUUUGGCUCAUCUUUUCGCGCCACGAUUGGCACGUAAAGAAGGCAAGGACGCCCAGUUUGCGUGGCAGAGCAGAGAGUUCUUGCGAGAGUUGUGUAUAGGAAAGGAUAUCGUGUUCAAAACCGAAUACACUAUCCCAAAUACAUCCAAAGAAUGUAGCAGCGUCUUCAUUGGUUCGAAAAAUAUUGCUAAGGAGGUUGUUACUAAUGGUUGGGCCAAGGUUAAGGAGGCUAAAAGAAAAGUGACUCCUGAGCACGCUGAAUUGCUAACGCUUGAGCAAAAAGCCAAGCGUGACCAGCUAGGCCUAUGGAACAAGGCUCCUGUUGCUGUUAAAGCUGCCAUCAGGAACCUUCCACCUUCUGCCGUUGGCAAUCCAAGCAAUUUGAAUGCAGAGCGCCUCGUAGCUGCAAAAAAAUUCAGACGGGUGGAAGCAAUUGUUGAGCAUGUUCGUGACGGCAGCUGUCUUUAUGCUUAUUUGCUCCCAGAGUUUCAGUUUGUCAAGGUGUUUGUUACUGGAAUCCAGGCACCCUCAAUGGGAAGAAGGAAUGUUACUGAUGAAUCUAAAUCUACUACAUCCGCAUCCACAGACAAUGAAGGAUCCCCUGAUCCAUAUGGAAGGGAAGCUAAACAUUUUACUGAGAUGCGUGUACUAAAUCGAGAUGUCGAGAUCGUCUUAGAGUGUGUUGACAAGUCCGGCCACUUAGUUGGUUCGGUGUAUUAUCUUGAUGGUGAAGAAAAAGAAAAAGACCUUGCACUUGAGCUUGUUGCAAAUGGGUAUGCCAAGUAUGUUGAAUGGAGUGGAUGCACGAUGACAACUGAAGCCAGAUGGAAUCUGAUCGCUGCGGAACGUGAAGCAAAGAAGAAUAAGUUGAGGAUGUGGAGAAACUUCGUUCCACCAGCUACGAAAUCAAAGGCAAUCACGAACUUCACCGGAAAGGUAAUUGAAGUUGUUAGUGGGGACUGCAUCAUCAUUGCCGAUGAUUCUGUACCAGUUGGCAGCCCAGCCGCAGAAACCCGAGUAAACCUGUCUGGUUUAUGGUUUCCCGAACCGGGUUAUGCCCGUGCAGCUAAGGAAUUACUAAGAACAAGGUUAAUUGGACGUCAAGUACAAGUUUCGAUGGAGUACUCUCGGAGGCAGGUCCCCAAAUCCGUUGGAGUAACAGGCUUCGGGUCAGUUUUCCUGAUGUCUCAAGGGAAGAACAGUGAGGGCGUAUCCGGUGUAGAUGCUGCCCAGCUUAUUAUUUCCUAUGGUUUUGGCUCUGUUAACGAUAACGAUUUUGAGGAAAGAUCGGACUAUUAUGAGAAUCUUUAUGUUGCCGAGUCACGGGCUAAAGCUAGCAAGAAGGGGAUUCAUUCUUCUCAAGAUCCUCCAGUUAUGCACGUUACAGAUGUAUCAAAGGCAUCACCAAAGAAAGCCACAGAGGUCCUGCAAUCUUUGCAACGUGCCAGGAGAGUGGCUGCUACUGUUGAAUAUGUACAAAGUGGUCACCGAUUUGAACUUUUUGUUCCUAAGGAACAAUGCAGCAUUGCUUUCUCGUUAUCUGGUGUUAGAUGCCCGGGGCGGGAGGAGUGUUAUUCUGAUGAAGCUCUUUCACUAAUGAGAAGGAAACUAAUGCAGAGGGAUGUCGAGAUUGAAGUAGAAACCAUGGAUAGGAAUGGGACGUUCUUGGGUUCUUUAUGGGAAUCAAGAACCAAUGCCGGUGUCACACUUUUGGAAGCCGGUCUAGCCAGGCUUCAGACUUCCUUUCGAAGAGAUAAGAUUGCAGAUGCUCACCUUCUUGCUCAAGCCGAGCAGCUGGCCAGAAAUCAAAAACUGAAGAUAUGGGGAAAAGAUACGAACCCUCUGCCCGGAUUUGUAGAUUCAGUAUUGAAGGAAGAAAAGUGGCCACAGCUAAAUGAAGUUAAAUUUGGCCAACUGGACAUGCUCAAACUUGAAACGCUAAAAAUUGAAGACGGAAGUGAAACAUGCUCAAAAGCUAUCUCUGAUUGUGUAGUCCCUUGA